AUCAGAGGACAUUUUGUUUUAUAAUCAUGGGGAUAUUAGAUGUUUUUCUCCAGUGUUUCAGUUCUUUGUUCUUAUUGGGGGCUGUCAUAGUCCUCCUGCUAAUCUAUUUAAUUUCCUCUUCGAGUUUCAGUACUCAAAAACAUGGUAAUGAGCCUCCAGGACCCAGACCACUUCCGUUGUUUGGGAACCUACUUCAGCUUGACCUGAAAAAACCCUACAACACAUUACUGGAGUUAUCCAAGAAAUAUGGAUCAGUCUUCACGGUCUAUCUGGGAACUAAAAAAGUGGUGGUCCUGUCAGGAUACAAGACAGUGAAGGAGGCACUUGUAGACUAUGAUGACGUGUUUGGAGACAGAAAUCAACCAGAGAUCAUGCGUGAACUUAGUCAAGGACAUGGGGUUGCGUGGUCCAACGGCGAUUCAUGGAAAGAAAUGAGGCGCUUUGCACUGACUAACCUGAGAGACUUUGGGAUGGGCAAGAGAGCAUGUGAGGACAAAAUAAUUGAAGAAUGUCAAUACCUCAUUGAAGUUUUUAAGAAAUUUCAAGGAGAAGCUUUUGAUACAACCCAACCAGUUAACUGUGCAGUCUCUAAUAUUAUCUGCUCCAUCGUCUAUGGCAGCAGAUUUGAAUAUAAUGAUCCAGAGUUUAAAUCUCUGGUAGAUCGGACAGCCAGAAUUAUUAGACUUAGUGGAAGUCCCUCAAUACAGAUCUUCGACAUGUUUCCAUCGCUCUUCAAGUGGACUGCGGACAGAAAUGAAAUACACAAAAUAUUUUCUGCCAAUAAGAAACAAAACCAAACCAUCUUCAGUCGCUUAAAAGAGACUCUGAAUCCCCAGAUGUGCAGAGGCUUUGUAGACGCCUUUCUGGUUCGCAAACAAAAUCUGGAGGAAUCUGGGAUUACCAACAGUCACUUCCAUAAUGAAAACCUUGUGAUGACAGUCAUGCAUCUGUUUGCUGCCGGCACUGAGACAACAUCAACUACACUGAGAUGGGGACUUCUGCUUAUGGCCAAAUAUCCAAAAAUUCAAGAUGAGGUUCAGGAGGAGCUGAGGAGGGUCAUAGGAGAUCGACAGGUGCAGGUUGCUGACAGGAAAAAUCUGCCCUUCACUGAUGCCGUCAUCCAUGAGACACAGAGACUGAGCAGCAUCGUCCCCACUGCACUUCCUCACAAAACCACCCAAGACAUCACUUUUCAGGGUCACUUUAUCGAGAAGGGAACCACAAUUUUUCCUUUCUUGACAUCAGUCCUGCAUGAUCCCAACGAGUGGGAGAGACCACAUAGCUUUUAUCCUGCUCACUUCCUGGACAAAGAGAAAAAGUUUGUCAAAAGAGAUGCUUUCAUUCCAUUUUCUGCAGGUCGCAGGAUUUGCCUUGGAGAGAGUCUGGCCAGGAUGGAGCUCUUCCUCUUCUUCGCCACCCUCUUGCAGCAUUUUUGUUUCACACCUGCUCCUGGAGUUUCAGAGGACGAAUUAGAUCUCACUCCAAGUGUGGGCUUAACACUCAGCCCUUCACCUCACAAACUGUGUGCUGUUUCCUGUAUGUGAUGAAGAGGUGUUCUUAACAAAGUUUAGGCCCAAGUGUAAGAUUUCUAACAUUUCUGUUCUGCUCAGUAAAGGUAAUGUGCCAUAGCAAUAUACUUCUGUUGGCCUGUUAAAGAAUCCAGCUCAGUUUAAUGCAUAAUAGUAAUCGCUUGUGUUUAGAAAGUGUUUUGAAACACUUUCAUGAUCUAGAAAAAGAAAAAAAACUGCUGUGUUGCUGCUUAUGUUCCAAAGUUGAUGUACUCCCCAGUCUCAUGUACUAAAGGAGGUUUUAUUUUUGUUUUAAAUUAGUCCUUUCUGUGGGGUUUUAUUAUUUGUUAUUUCAAAGCAAUUCACAUGAUCUACAAAAUUAAAUAAACCACUU